GGCCUUGGCCAAGAUGGAGCAGCGACAGCGAAGCUCUUCAUGCGGAUCCGGUGAUUGCGCGAGCUGCAGCAGUUCAUCUUCGGACAGUCCUUUAUCAAUCACUCGGGAUCCCUCGGUCGUCGCCUUCAGCCGCGAGCAAACUCCCGGCAGUCCGACGGCCGUUGCAAGUGGCGCCAGUUCGCGACGCGCCAGCGAUUCCUCUGCUUUAGACGUCCCGACCCAAAUCACGGUUGACCAUAUCCGCACGACCCACGAGGCUGGCGCAUGCGAUUCGGAUGAAGAAGCCAUUUUUACUAGCCCUCUCGCGGAAGCCCUCGCAAGCAGAAGAAUCGUAACUUCGCCAAACGGACGGCCAGUUUCGGCAACGCAACCGCUAAACCAUACGACACCAUCACAUCCAUCGAGCCCUAUGGAGUCCCGGUUCCAGUUCGACUUGGUAGCACUUGAGGUGUCAGCGCCGGUGGAGCCCAGCCCCAGCGCCUGCGCGCCCAGCGAUAGCGACGACCCAGAUGCCGCCGUGGGAGCUGCUGCGGCCUGCUAUCCAGAUUACGCAACUCCCCGCAAGGAACGCGCCACGCCCUCGUUCAACAACCCCCUUUUCGACGACUCGCCCUGCCUGUCGCCAUGGACGCAGCCCUUAUCAGCCGCCAUUGACCACUCACCGUCCGUUUCUGGGUUGUCACCGCCGCCAUACCCAAGCAGCCCUACACGUCGACUCUUUACCAUGUCCACCACUCGGCAACACUCCUACCGCCGUCGGCAACACAUGCAGCGCCGAUUCGACGAAAGGAUGGCAUCGCCGCACAGCUCAGAUAAUGCAGCGGCCGCCGCUGUGUUGGCAGCCUCGUCGCUGCUGUGUCGCGUUGCGCUCCGAGGAGAUCGGCCUGGUCGCGUCAGCCUGGAGAGCUCCUCCUUGGCGGGCUACCUGCGGCGCCAGAUGGGGGGCCUUGUUGACGAUGUAUCGCCGCGGAGUAGCGUACGCCGACGGCGGAUUGAGCGCCGGGCCAUUGACAGCAGGCUACGCGGACAGCGGCAUGUCGACCCAGAUGAGACCAUCCGCGGCGGUAGUGACCCAGAUGAUGUCGCAGGGAGCGGACGCAUGUACGCGACGUUGGAACUCAUGGACCGUGCCGCGGCACUGCAGCGGCAGCUACUCCUGCGAACGGAGGAGGUGGCGGCGUUGCGGCUGCAACUGGAGGAGGCGAUGGGGGCGCGCGAUGAGAUGGGCGUGCAUCUCCUGGCGUGCCAGGAAUACAUCGCAGAUCUGGAGCGUCGCCUUGCCGAGGAGAGCCGCGCCAGAGUCGUGUUCCUGGAUUUUCCCAUGCCCUGGCAGCGGCACGCGGUUGGCGUCAUGGCCAUGUCAUGGGCAUCAUCAUCAUCAUCAUCAUCAUCAUCAUCAUCAUCCCAUUACCGUUAUCACCUUCACUGCCAUUCGGCUGCCCUCGCGGACCAGAGCCAGCUGUUGCAACAGCAGCUGCAGGAGGUCAGCGAGACGUGGCAGCACGACCAGACCAAAGACGAGCGGCAGGUCGCCCAUGGCCAGGCCCCCGUUCAAUAUGUCGCUGGUCACACGCCAACCGACGCCGCCGCUGCGACGCGCGCUUCUCCAUUCACCCUGCUGGUGCCUGGAUUAACUCUGGCUUCAAGCGCUCUGGCGCACGCGUCCGUUUCAGGAAUGGCCGAGCCGGGCUGCCCAGGAUCACUUGAUGGCAUGUAUGGCUCGUCUUUGAAUGGCUCCUACCAGCCGGGUGGUGGUGAUGGCUUUGGCUUGCCGCUGGGGAGCGAUCCACGAGACGUUGAGCUCGCGGCCCUGCGGCACGAGAACAACUCCCUGACGCAAAGGCUCAUCGCGACCAGCAUAGAGGCGGCGGAGGCGCGGGAGCAGGAGGAGGAGGCGCGGCACAAGGCGCACGUUCUGCAGGAGAUCAACCAACAGUACAUGGAGACAGUCAACACGAUGUCCCUGGAGCUGUCACUGCUGCGGCCCAACGCAUGCGGGCGAGCCCGCGGGGUGUUCAACCUGGCGUUCCUUCGCAAAGCACUAUACUUACGUGCACACCACAAAGCGCAAGAAUGGUUUUUCUAUUCGAUCUUGAGCAAAACAAGACAUGAAGUGCCGGCCGAUUUGGAAGAAGACGUCUUCACGGAGAAACCGCAAAUCCACCACCAUCACCUGCAAUACACAACCGCGAACCAACACUGCAGACGCGCACCAUAUUCCAACAAAUGA